UUUUAAGGAGGAAAACCCAUUGACUGUUUACUCUGUAGACCAGAACAGAUUCUGAUACACCGUGAUGGUGUGGGGCUAUCAGAACUGACAGCAGAGUGUACGCUAUCAUUUGGAAACUGCUUGUGGGACUGGUAAAAAAUGAAAGCUCCCAUUCCUCUUCUGAUCCUGCUUCAUGCCGUUGUGGUCCAUUGCCUGAAAGUGGUGUCGAAGAGAGGCUCAGUGGAAGGCUGCACAGAUUGGUCAGUGGACUACCUGAAAUAUAAGGUGCUUCUGGGGGAACCUGUACGGAUUAAGUGUGCUUUAUUCUAUGGAUAUAUACGGGCCAACUACACCCAUGCGCAGAGCGCAGGACUUAGCCUUAUGUGGUACAAAAGUGCAGGACACGGGGACUUCGAGGAACCCAUCAGUUUUGACGGCACAAGAAUGAGCAAGGAGGAGGAUGCCAUAUGGUUUCGACCAGCAGAGUUGGACGAUGUGGGGUACUAUUCCUGCGUAUUAAGGAACUCCACAUACUGCAUGAAGGUGUCCAUGUCUCUCACAGUGGCGGAGAAUGACACAGACCUCUGCUACAACUCCAAAAUGAGGUUCUUUGAGAAGGCAGAACUAAGCAAAAGCAAAGAAAUCACCUGCCCAGGCAUUGAGGAUUAUAUACAGCCGGGAGUUGAGCCUGAGAUUGUGUGGUACAAGGAAUGCAAGCCAAAGCAAUGGAGACAAACCAUAGAAAGGAGGAGGGAUAUUCUGUCAAUCAAGGAAGUACGUGAAGAUGACAUUGGGAAUUACACCUGCGAAUUACAGUUUGGGAACUUUGUGGUACGGAGGACUACUGAGCUGUCCGUCACAGCUCCCCUGACAGACAAGCCGCCAAAAAUCCUUUUCCCUUCAGAGAGCCAAAUGAGCGUCAUAGAGAUGGCAAUAGGAACCCCUGUCAACCUGACAUGCAGAGCCUUCUUUGGAUACAGCGGGGACGUCAGUCCACUUAUCUACUGGAUGAAGGGGGAUAAGUUCAUUGAGGAUCUGGAUGAGGAGCGGGUUCAGGAGAGUGAAAUCAAGACGAUCCGGGAGCACUUGGGGGAGCAGGAGGUCUCCAUCUCCCUGACCAUUGACUCCCUGGAGGAGAGCGACCUGGGCAACUACUCCUGCUACGUGGAGAAUGGCAACGGGCGGCGACAGGCCAACAUCCAGCUCACCAAGAAAGCAGAGCUGAUGUACACAGUGGAGCUGGCCGGAGGUCUGGGAGCCAUCCUGCUGCUGCUGAUCUGUCUUGUGACGCUGUACAAGUGCUACAGGAUCGAGCUCAUGCUCUUCUACAGGAACCACUUUGGCAGUGAGGAUAUAGAUGGAGAUAACAAGGACUACGACGCUUACCUGUCCUACACCAAAGUGGACCCGGACCAAUGGAGCCAGGAGACCCGAGAGGAGGAGCGUUUUGCCCUGGAGAUCCUCCCCGACGUGCUGGAGAAGCAUUAUGGGUAUAAACUCUUCAUUCCAGACAGGGACUUGAUCCCCACAGGAACCUACAUCGAGGACGUAGCGCGCUGCGUGGACCAGAGCAAGCGCCUCAUCAUCGUCAUGACGCCCAGCUAUGUCGUGCGGAGGGGGUGGAGCAUCUUUGAGCUGGAGACGAGGCUGCGCAACAUGCUGGUGACCGGCGAGAUCAAGGUCAUCCUGAUCGAGUGCGCUGAGCUGCGCGGCAUCAUGAACUACCAGGAAGUGGAGGCCCUCAAACACACCAUCAAGAUGCUGACGGUCAUCAAGUGGCGCGGGCCGUCCAGCAACAAGCUCAACUCCAAGUUCUGGAAGCAGCUGCUCUACGAGAUGCCCUUCAAGCGCAUGGAGCCCCUGAGCAUCUCCCACGAGCAGGUGCUGGACGUCGCGCGCCAGGCGCCCCUUCAGCGAACUCCAGUACCCGUCCUCGGCAUCUCCAUGGCGGCAGCCACCUCCACCGCCAUGGCGACGGCACACCCGGACUUGCGCUCGACCUUCCACAACUCUUGCCACACCCAGAUGAGGCAGAAACACUAUUACCGUAGCUACGACUACGACCUGCCCCCCGGCGGCACGCUCCCGCCACUCUCCUCUCUAGGCAACCAGCACACUUACUGCAACAUCCCCAUGACGCUCAUCAACGGACAGCGGCCGCAGUCCAAGUCGCCGCGCCAGCAGAGCCUGGAGGAGGCCCACGGCAACAACGCCAUGCUGCCGCUGCUGCCCAGAGAGACCAGUAUAUCCAGUGUCAUCUGGUGA